AUGAAACAAGAAAAAAAUAUUAUAGUCUUCACUCAACAAGACUUUUAAGCUAAUUUCUUAGUGAACCCAAAUCCUCCAUUAGGUUCAGGACAUGAUGCUAAGGUCUAUUUGGCUAUGCAUAAGCGAACUGGAGAAAUACCAUCUCAAUAAUCUCCAGUGAACGAAAUUAAAAUACUUAAAUUAAUAGAUCAUCCAGGCAUUGUUUAAUUGAAAGGCCAUGCAUAAGAUUUUACUUGUGCAUUAUUAGAGUACAUGCCUCAUGACACUUUUCUUCGAAUUUUGAAAAAAGGUCCAUUUCACAUUUCUCUUGCUAAAUCGCUUGCUUGUCAUCUAAUCAACAUACUAGCAAUUCUUCACAAUCAUUAGGUGGCUCAUUGUGACAUUAAGCCUGAGAAUAUACUGAUAGCCGCAAAUUACCAAGUGAAAUUAUGCGAUUUUGGAUUCGCUCGCAUAACUUAAUAAUUAUCUAGACCUCCUGGAGGAACACCUGGGUAUACAGCACCUGAAAUCUAUAAAGGGAACAACUUAGAUUUAUUUAAAUGUGAUAUUUUUGCUUUAGGAGUUGUCAUAUUUAUUAUAGUCAUGGGGUUCCCUCCAUUUUAAAGUAAUGAUCCUACCAUGAGAGAUCAAUGGUGGAAUAUGAUACUUACUAAAUAAUUAGAUUAUCCUCAGGAAUUCAAAGACAUGAUUAUGUAGAUGUUAGAGCCUGAUCCUGACAAAAGAAUUGGUAUUGUCUAAUUAAUUCAGAACUCUUUUUUAUAAAAUGGAGCAACGCAUGAACAAAUCGUCUAAGAAAUACAAAAGAGAGUCAAAAAAUGA